CGGCACCGUCUCCUCUUUGGGCUGCAUUGGCAGAUCCAGCCCUCACCUCCAAACCAUGCUCUGAGGAAGACGCUCUCUCCUCAUUCUCUCAUCUUGGCAGGAGUGAGAAAGUCAUUUCACCAUGGCUCUGGUCAUGGAGCCUAUUAGCAAGUGGCUGCCUAAGCAAGUGGUGGACUGGCUGAAAGGUCUUGACGACUGUGUCCAACAAUACAUUGGUAACUUUGAAGGGGAAGAUGUCAAUGGAGAACAGCUGCUACGCAUAACAAAUCAAGAGCUUGAAGAUCUGGGAGUGAUCCUCCCUGACCACCAAGAUGUCAUUUUAGAAGCAGUUGAUUUGCUGAGCGUAUUGAACCAUGAAUUGGAAACUGAAAAUCUGAGAUCUCUUGCUCACAGGCUGAAUGUGGCCGCCAAAAGUCUGCAGGGCUUUCUAGCUGGAAGAAGGAGGAGCGGCCUCUCUGGAGUUAGACAACUGCCGAAUAACUGUCUCACUGCUAUCGUUGACCUGAUUGGCGUUGCCAAGAAAUUACUGGCUUGGCUCGACAGGCUUCCAUUUGUCACUCUGACAGAAUACGGAGUCCUGAAAAACAAAAUUGUUCAACUCUGCCUGCAGUUAACGACUAUCGUGCAACAGGACCCUAAAACAAAAACCAUGGAUAUGUGGAACAAAGACUUGCCAGAACAAGCAAAUGCUGGCUCUUCAAAGGGUGAUGAAGAAGUCGAGAUUAUGCAUGUGUGCAAAAAUUUGACUGGAAUCUGUGAGGCUAUAAUUUCUCUCUCUUCUGGUAGCCUGUCACCUCAGUCUGGACACUUAGAAGUUGUCUACAUCAACACAACAACCAAUGAGGCACUGUCUAAUAUUGACCAGUGCAAGCAAAUUGAUCCUGGAGAUGAAGUGAUCCAAGUUAAUGACCAGACUGUGGUUGGGUGGCAAUUAAAGAACCUGGUGAGCAUAAUGAAAGAAGACCCACGAGGAGCCCGCCUGACCCUUAAGAAGCAUCCUCAGAACAUUACUGGUAAUGUUUCUUCGAUUGUGAAGAACGUGAGGUGGGAGCCUCAUCCACUUGAGGGUCUAGGUGCAACAGGGGUGAGCAGGCCCACAGAAUCUGUUAGAACCGUGGACCAACAUACCCAAGUGGAAGAGGAGACAUUCUUUCAUUCACCCAUGCCUGGACAACAUAGGCCAAGGGAUGGCAUACCAAGAAUAUCUUACGAAGACUUCAGUGAACCUGGGGCUGGAACAUCUGCCGCAGGUAGACCUGGGAGGAGAGAGCGUGGCUUAUUCGUGGAACCUGCAACCUUGAAAUACUACACAUUAAUUGAAAAUGAUAACCGUCCGACUGGCAGCGAGCAUCCAAGAGGAAGAUCUACAAGUGUUCGAAGAAAAGAGAGGCCUCCUCAAGGUGAACCAAGGCCUGUUUCCAUGCCCCCUGAAUAUGGCUGGGUGAGGGAUUCCAGAGAACAUGGAGUACACAGACGAAGUGGCAGAGCCCCAGAAUCUGAGAGUUCAAUGAUACAAUACCUGGGGGAUGACAGGAUGUUGGCAUACAGAGAUGAAUCUUCAAAGCAGAAGGGAAAGAAGGAUUCGGGCCGAAAGUGUAAGAAAAAGAGCAAACACUUAAACAGCUCUAACUAUCCUGGCCACCCAUCUAUGCUGGCCUCUGCUGCUGCUGGGCCUCGAAUGGACUCCAGACAGCCCGAUGUCCUGAAUUUCACUAUGCCUGAGGGCCGUGCUGUGGCAGUAUCUCAGAGAGGUGGAGUCAACAUCCGUGGAGAUUCUGACAGAUAUGCUAGCUCUGCUGCUGCUGACCGUCACGGAGGCAUAUCCAUGAAGAAGUCUUUCCACUAUACUUCCUUGAGAGAAAAAACCAAGAAAUGGUCCAGAGGGAGUUCUUGGAGCAGUGGAAGCCGAAGACGCAUCUCUUGCAAAGACUUGGGCCAUGGAGACUGUGAAGGCUGGCUUUGGAAGAAGAAUGACGGCAAAGGCUACUUCACUCAGAAAUGGAGAAAAUACUGGUUCAUUCUAAAAGAAUCAUGCCUCUACUGGUACACCAACCCAGAAGAUGAAAAAGCGGAAGGCUUCAUCAGUCUACCUGAAUUCCGCAUUGACCGCGCUAGUGAGUGCCGAAGGAAAUAUGCUUUCAAAGCUUGUCACCCCAAAAUUAAGAGCUUCUUCUUUGCAACUGACUGUGCGGGAGACAUGAAUCACUGGAUGAACCGUCUGGGACUUGCAGCCAUUGGUUAUUCCCCUGAUGAAAAAGAAAUCCAACCACGUGAAGAUUACUGGAGUGAAAGUGAUCAGGAUGAUGCUGAGGGCUCUUUGACCUUGAGACUGGAAGGUGCCAUGGCUCUCAAUGAUGUCAGCGUUGGUCAUCGACCAUCCUCAGGCACUUCUUCAAGUCCAUAUGUAGAAUCCAGACAUCUUUCGAGUCCAUACUUGGAACCUCCACGCCCCUCGACUGCAUUCCGAGAACGCAAACCCCAUGCAGGACCAUACCCAGAAGCAAAGCACCACGCAGGUCCAUACCUGGAACCACCACGUGGCCCAAGCCCAUUCCCAGAUGCCAAGCGUGGCCCAAGCCCAUUCCCAGAUGCCAAGCGUGGCCCAAGCCCAUUCCCAGAUGCCAAGCGUGGCCCAAGCCCAUUCCCAGAUGCCAAGCGUGGCCCAAGCCCAUUCCCAGAAGCCAAGCGUGGCCCAAGCCCAUUCCCAGAAGCCAAGCGUGGCCCAAGCCCAUUCCCAGAAGCCAAGCGUGGCCCAAGCCCAUUCCCAGAAGCCAAGCGUGGCCCAAGCCCAUUCCCAGAAGCCAAGCGUGGCCCAAGUCCAUUCCCAGAAGCUAAACGUGGCCCAAGCCCAUUCCCGGAACCCAAGCGUGGCCCAAGUCCAUUCCUGGAACAGAAACGUAGCGCAGGUCCAUUCCCGGAUCCCAAAUAUGGCCCAGGCCCAUUCCUGGAACACACACAUGGUGCCAAUCCAUUCCUGGAUCCCACACUUGGCACAAAUCCAUUCCUGGAAGCCAGACGUGGUGCUUGCGCAUUCCCAGAAACCCAGCGUGGUGCCAGUGCACUCCCAGAGCCCAAACGUGGUGCAAGCAUGUUCCUGGACCUCCAGCGUGGUGCCAGUCCUUUUCCAGAUGCCAAACGUGGUGCAACACGGUUCCCAGAACCCCAACGUGGUGCCAGUCUAUUCCCGGAACAUGGUGCAAAUCCAUACCUGGAAUCCAAACGUGGUGCCAGUCCCUUCCGAGAAACCACUCACCGUGGUACAAGUCCCUUCCCGGAAAUCAAACGUGGUGCAAGCCCCUUCAUGGAAUCCAAACCUGGUGCAAGUCCAUACCUUGAAUCCAAACGCGGUGCCAGUCCAUACCUUGAAUCCAAAUGCAGUGCCAGUCCAUACCUGGAAUCCAAACACGGUGCCAGUCCAUACCUUGAAUCCAAACGCGGUGCCAGUCCAUACCUGGAAUCCAAACGCGGUGCCAGUCCAUUCCUAGAUCCCAAACGUGGUGCAAGUCCAUACCUGGAAUCCAAGCAUAGCCCAGGGUUUUGCCAGGAAUCCAAACAUGGUCGGCACUUUUCAAGUGAGUCCACCUAUUCUUAUUCUUCUGCUGAAGAGGCUCGACAGGAAGCUGCAGGAAGUAGGGAUUCAUCUAGCCACAGAAGGCUCCAUGGUGAAAGGCGCUCCUGGCAAGACCUCAUUGAGACACCACUGACAAGUUCAGGGCUCCAUUUUCUCCAGACCGGUCCAAUCGAAGAUGAUUAUAUGUUCGGCCUAACUCUCUUGUCACCAGAAAAGCGACGACAAGCAACCCUGCCAGCCCAGAGAUACAACAUCAAUGACCAAGAAGGGCCUUUCCCACUGAUUCCCUGCCAGCAGGAUCAUGGGUCUCAUGGAAGGCCUCAAAAGCAACGUAGUCAGAGUCUGCCUCGGAACAGGGAUGUCAGGAGCAAAGGUCAAAUGAAGGCAUCAGAGUUAACAGAGAUAGAGGAAGACAAGUUUCUCAGUAAGAAACAGAGUGGUUUCGAUGAGGAAGGGAAAUUUGACGCUUCUGGAAGUUCUUGAUCAACAACCUUGGAGGCUGACAUCAUUUCUGUAACCACAGAAAUAGUCUGGACUUCAAAGCUUACAGUACUGCCCAACAAUGGAACUAAAUCCACCUUUAAAAACAACAUUUUUUCAAUCAUUUGCUCUCUGUGCUUAUAAAACCUUUUAGUCUGUUAGCUGAGAAUAUCAUCGGUGAACCUAAAUAUCACCCUUUUUGAUGCAUAGUAGAAACUAGAUGGAUCAAUUCUUAAGUAGCCAUCGAUGCAAACUUUUUUUCGCUACGACUUCGUAUUUCUUCAAUUUAUUGACUGAGAAUGGAAAAUUUUUUUCUUGUCCUAACACCAGGCCCCAGCAUUGUACACUGCAGUCUUUAAAAAAAACUUCUGAAAUGCAAGUAUUCUGAACUAAAUAUUGUCUUUGAUUUUUAUAUCGUCGAUGUGUUUUUUGCCAGUCCCUGUUGUUGGGAGGAUGACUAUAUUCUUUCUUUACGUCAUCGCUAAUCCCUCAGACUGGCAUUGUGUUUCAAUUUCGACAAUAUAUGUGUGGCUGAAAUUCUUAUCUAUCGGGGUCCUUAAUUUUCCAAACCAAAAUUUUUCUGCAUGGAGGUAAAAAGAACUUGUGAACUGUAUUUCAGAAAAUGCAAAGGAAAAAAGCGAUAGUUCUGAUGGGUUACAAGAACUGUACAGGUCUUUGGAAAAAGUCAGUUUGUCAGCCUUUGGAGAACAUCGGCCUUCUACUAAGCAAGAAUUCAGGAGGUCUUUUAUAAAGCGAUGCAA